ACAUUGCAAGAAGAAAAAGGAAGAAAAAAUGAAAAGAAAUAAAAAGAAAUGAAAAGAAAAAAGAAAUCGUAAUAUUAAUUGAACGACUGUCAUUAUUUAGAAAAUCAUAUCAUUAUAUCGGUGACAAUGAUCAUUAUCUUAGAUUUCUAAAUCGUGUCUUCCGUGUGUUCGUGAGGUCACGAGAAAAGUUUCUUUUAAAUUACGUUUCAACAGAGAACAAGUUAGGAUAAAUUGACGUGUGGGUUGGCAAUUAAUUUCAAACGAGCGCACACAGGUGCGCAGAACAUUAGUGUAUGUCUAAACCAAACGGAUACACGAGAGGCACUCCUUUAUAAGGUACAAACUCAUCGUUUCCACUUCUAUUAUGCAACGAAGAUUUUACCAACACUCUUACAAACGAUAUAUAUAUCUGGUGCACGCAUACGCAACUCGUAAAAGAUCGCGCGAUUCCCAUAAAGCAACGAAGCAUGGCUAUCUCUCUUUCUCUUUCUUUCUUUCUUUCUUUCUUUCUUUCUUUCUCUCUCAUCCUUUGGAAUGUCUUCCUGCGAUGACGAAAUUAACUUUUUUCUUUCAGAUACUCCUUUUAUGUUGCCUGUUGCAGUUUAUUCAUGCAGACGUUUAUUCAGAGUAUAAUCCAGAAAAUUUCGAAAGUAGACGAAAUUUUUAUCCGUGUUCACCGGUCGGUUCGUUGCCACUCGAUGCUAUUCCACCAGCCAUCGCAUGCGCUUUUAAAUCUACAAGCACUGCGAAAAGAGGUUCAAACGUUCCUUCUUCUCGUGCUCCACCACCAUCACCUACAUAUGUCAAGGUAUCUUCACCGAUAUCUUACAAACCAUUACCAAGGACAUCUUCUUUGGUAUACGUCGCACCACCCAUCGUAAAAUCAGCAUCCGCUGUUGUUGCUACCGAUCGAAAAUCUGUUGAAAAGGACGUCGAUUACAUGUCUUAUCCAAAGUAUUCGUUUAAUUAUGGUGUUAUCGAUGGAUACACCGGUGACUCUAAAUCUGCGUGGGAAGAAAGAGACGGAGAUACUGUGAAGGGAGAAUAUUCAGUGGUCGAGGCCGAUGGAACGAUUCGAACCGUUUCGUAUACGGCUGAUGAUCACAAUGGUUUUAACGCUGUUGUCACGAGAAGCGAGCCUCCAAAGAAAGAGAAAUCUUCGGAGAAUGUUAAAGCAUUUAUACCAGCAUCUCUUUUACAUGGAGAUAUUAAAAAAUUGCGACAUUGAUCUUUUAUGGAAUAUAAAAGGAUCGACGAGCGUAACGAUAGUUCCUUGAAAGUAAUAAGAAGAAAAUGAAUUAACGACUAUGAGGCUUUUUCAAAUUUGUACUUAUUAAGGACGCCGAAGCUUAAUGCAGACUGUGCUUUAACGAUUCUAAGGUACAUAGUGUAUGUAUAUGUAUAUAUAUAUGCAUUAUAUGUGUAUAUGUAUGUGUAUAUAUAUAUAUAAUGCAUAUUAUUUUUAUAUAUAUUUAUAAGAGGUACUUAAUCAUCUAUUGUAAAGUUAGUUUAUAUUCAAUAUUUUAUUAUUAUAUAAACGAUAAAUCUGCAUAGAUAGAAAAUCUACUAUACGGAAGGAUCGAGGAUCUUAAUUAAAAAAAAAAAAAAAAGCAUAAUGUAAGAAAUGAAAAGAAUAUUUAAUAUAAAAAUAAUAAAAUAAAAUAUUCACACAUAAUACUUGCUAACAGUUGGACGAAUUGAGAUGUAUCGUUAACGUAUAUAGAUAUUUGUUUACUAUAUUCGAACAGAGGUAAUAUGAGUCACAUUCAGACGAAAUUUAUUAUUAUUUUUUUCUAAGGUACUUUACUUGCGCAUAAAAUUCUCUCUUGGUUUUACUACUGCGUUCUUUUUUACGAAAGAAAUGUCUAUAACCAAUAUAAAUAUUUAAAAAUAUGUAACAGUGGCGAUGAUUGCAAUUACAAGAAUGUCGAAGUGUCGUAGUUCUCUCAUGAUUUUUUUUUUUUUUUCCUUUUAUUUUUAUAUUAAACGCAAGUCGUACGCUAAAAUUAGUUCCUUUCUCACAUCAAAUAUAUAAAUGUUCAAACACUUUAAUCGAAGCACGUUGCUUUCGAACGUUCAUACUUCCAUGGAAAACUAUUUUCUUUUACAAACAACAACUUGUGUUUUUUUCUAAGGUUGAUAUUUUAAUACACAUUGAUGCUCACGUUAAUAUCAAAAUGUAGUUCUGUUAGAGUUACUUUGCAUACGAACGAAAGAAAUUCGUUCAUAAAGAAUAAUCCCCUGUGAACACCAAUAAUCCAUGUAAUUCGUGUUAGUAACUCUAUCUGUUUCUCGAUCUUUUGUUACUAUUUUUUUUAGCACUGUUUGUAGAUUUGGUUUUAUUCGAGUCUUUGCUGUUAUUAUGGCAAUCCUUGAUGGGCGUAGGAACAUGUUCUAAAUUGCCAUUGGACAUAGGUCCGUUUGAGAAAGGGGUGGAACCAGAAUCAGGGUUGCUAACAGUGC